AAAUUACUAAAUUGUCAGUAGAAGAAAUAUCUGAAAUUUUUAAAUUUGUGGUUAUAUUUUUAUUAUAUUUGGAUAUUUGAAAAUAUUUUCAAAUGAUGAAUAAACCAGAACUGGAAGGAACUGCCCAUUUAUUGGAUGAGUUGGACAAGAAGCUAAUGGUUUUACUGCGCGAUGGACGAACAUUGAUCGGUUACUUAAGAAGUGUCGAUCAGUUUGCUAAUUUGGUUUUGCACAAGACUAUCGAACGUAUACAUGUAGGCAAGGAAUAUGGAGAUAUACCUAGAGGAGUGUUUAUUGUCAGAGGUGAAAACGUUGUGCUUUUAGGAGAAAUAGAUGCAGAAAAAGAGAGCGAGUUACCUUUGACAGAAGUUUCUGUAGACGACAUCCUCGAUGCCCAGAGAAAAGAACAGGAAACAAAGCAAGAAAAGCAGAGACUGCUUUCCAAAGCCCUAAAAGAGAGAGGGUUACAUCUAAUAUCGGAUUUAACGCAUGAUGAUAUGUUUUAAUCUUUAUGUUUUGAAACUAUCUAUUUUGUAAUUGUAAGUAGGAUAUUCGAUUAAUAUUAUUGAAAUUUUAAGAAGACUAUGUUUCAGGUCAAUUUCUAUUAAAAUGCUCAUUUUUAA